AUGUCCUUAGUGGACCUGGGCAAGAGGCUGCUGGAAGCAGCUCGCAAAGGCGAAGAUGACGAAGUGCGGAAGCUGAUGGCGAGCGGCGCUCCCUUCACCACUGACUGGCUCGGGACGUCGCCCCUGCACCUCGCUGCCCAGUACGGCCACUACUCAACAGCAGAAGUUCUUCUUCGAGCUGGUGUUAGCAGAGAUGCCCGAACGAAAGUGGACCGGACGCCACUGCACAUGGCUGCGGCCGACGGGCACACUCAGAUUGUAGAACUGCUCAUUAAGAAUGGGGCUGAUGUAAACGCCAAAGACAUGCUGAAAAUGACUGCUUUGCACUGGGCAGCAGAGCACGACCACCGCGACAUCGUGGAGCUGCUCAUCAGGCACGGGGCUGAUGUCCAUGCUUUCAGCAAGUUUGAUAAAUCAGCUUUUGAUAUUGCUUUGGACAAGAACAAUCCAGAGACUCUGGUAAUGCUGCAGGAAGCAAUGCAGAACCAGGUGAACACUCAUCCAGAGAGAAGGAAUCCCAUCACCAACACUGUGACUCUCACCUCACCGUUUCUUCUUACACCAGGGGAGGUUCUUGAUCUCACUGGUCUCGUCUCUUCAGCAAGUGCCAAAACAACCUCAGGUGAUUCACAUGGCUCCACGGUGCAGUUUUCCCAUUCAACAACCUCUGUGCUUGCCACGCUUGCGGCCCUCGCUGAGGUGUCGGCACCACUUUCCAGCUCAGGCAGAGACACAGGUAAGACAGAGGAAACAGUGGAAGCAAGUUCUGUUGAUCCUGCCAUACAGCAAGCGGUUGGCAGCGGAGGGCAGCACGUCAUCGCCAUUGUGUCAGACGGCAUUCCCCUGGGCAGCCUGCAAACAGCCAUCCCCAGCAGUGGCCUCAGCCAGCCCUUCAUCCUUAGCAUGCAGGAUGGACAGCGAGUGUUAACUGUACCUGCUGGUCAGGUUGCAGAAGAGGCUGCUAUUGAAGACAGAGAUUANGCAGAAGAGGAGGCCCAGCCGGUGGCCAAGAAGCAGAGAGUGGAACAAAAUGCAUAUGACUGGGGAGAAGACAAGGACAGUGUUGAGAGGGAAGUGCUACAGCAGCAGCUGCAAGAGGCAAACCGGAAAGCUCGGGAAUAUCGCAGCCAGCUGCUGAAGAAGGAGCAAGAGGCAGAGGAGUAUCGGCUGAAGCUGGCAGCCAUGGGCAGGCAGCAGCCCAGCCCCACGGAGCAGGCAGUGCUCGAGCAGGUCACCCAGCUUGACCCACUUGUGGUAACCUCAGAAGACAUCAAGGAAUCCGUGUUGUCCAUGCUGGGAACGGAUCAGUCGACUGAUGCUGCCGUGGAGACUGUAACCUCCUAA